AUGACAGUUUCUCACAAGAAUAGCGGUGUGAAAGCUGCUGUGCCAAGCGGUGGUAUGAUGAUGUACGAACUAUCUACAAGACCAUGGCUAUACAAUCUAUCACAACAAUAUAAUCAAAACUUUACUCAACUAUCACAGAUUCCAAUGGAAGAAUUCCAAAAGAUAAAAUCAAUGGGUUUCGAUAUGGUUUGGCUCAUGGGACUAUGGCAACUGGGUGAAUACGGUUUGAAUUACGAUCGUACCAAUCAACCGUUGUUGCAACACUAUGCACAAGUUCUGCCUGGCUACACGGUUGACGAUAUCAUUGGAUCGCCUUAUGCCGUAACCAACUACACUCUUAACACACAGUUAGGAUCGAUGGAAGAUUUAGCUGUACUUAGAAAACAAUUGAAUGAAAUGGGCUUGUUGCUAAUGGUCGAUUUCGUUCCCAAUCAUUCGGCUGUCGACUGUGAGUGGACAACUACCGAUCCAGACUACUAUAUUCGCGCGCCACAAGGAACCAACCCUCCGUACGAUCCAAACACCUACCUACCCAGUGGAAUAGCCUAUGGUAGUGCAGGCUGGGGUGGAGCAUGGCAAGAUACCGCACAGCUCAACUACUGGAAUCCCGAGCUGGUAAAAGUGCGUAUUGCACAACUUUUGGAGCUGGCAAGUGUUGCCGAUGCGAUCCGUUGCGACAUGGCAUAUCUCUUGAUCAACGAACUAUUCGGUCAAAACUGGCAAUCUCAACUCCAGUCAUGGGGAUACACACAGCCCGCCACAGAGUUUUGGCAACAAGCAAUCUCCAUUGUCAAAGCCGAGUUUCCAGAUACCAUCUUCCUCGCGGAAGUUUACCAUCCGUGGGAAUCGCAACUCCAACAACUCGGAUUCGAUUAUACCUACGAUAAAAUGCUUCACGACUAUCUCGGUAGUGGAAAUCUCGAUCAGGUGCGUGGCUGGAUCAGUGGAAACUCUGUGCAAUUCGCGCAGCAUUCCGCUCACUUUUGUUCGAAUCACGACGAACCUCGUGCAGCCAAUUUCUUUGGUAGUUGGUGGCGUGCCGAUGCCGCGGCACUGGUCACCUAUACCAUGCCAGGACUUAGAUUCUUCUGGUGGGGCGACUUUGAAGGAUAUCAAAACCAACUGGAUGUUCACCUUCGUCGUGAAGAGUCAGAGUCUGCCGUUGAUACAGUAAUGCAAUUCUACCAGAAUCUGACAUCGAUUGUAUCAGACCCCGUAUUUAAAUAUGGUACUUUCGAGUAUCUCAAUGUCACAGGUUCCGACACCGAGUGGACUUUGAUCGCCUACAAAUGGACCUAUCAAAAUGAAAAACGUCUUUGUGUACUCAACUUUAGCGAUACACAAGGUUCAGGAUCUAUCAUCCUCAGCGACGCCCAACCGAUCAACGGAAACGAUACCAUUCCAGUCACCGAUCUUCUCUCUGGUACAACCUAUUUUAGAUCCGCUCAACAACUGAGAACAACCGGUUUAUUUGUAGUUGUAAAUACUUGGUAUGGUCAAAUAUUUAAAUAUUAA